AUGGUCUUGAAAACUCUCAGAGAAUAUUUAGGAGAUUCCUCCGAUAUUUUCAGCGCCAUUGGUGCUCUAACAACCGGCAUAAUCGCCUUUAAGAUUGCCCUCGGGGUGUUCCGGUUUUUGAGCACCUAUAUUUUCCCUCAGGUUUUAGGGUUGUCGGCGAACCUGAAGAAGGCAGGGUCAUGGGCUGUUGUCACUGGCAGCACAGAUGGUAUUGGCAAGGCGUACGCAGAACAGCUGGCAUCUAGAGGUCUGAAUGUUGUGCUGAUCAGCCGGACACUGUCCAAAUUAACAGGCCUGGCCAGUGACAUUGAAAGUAAAUACGGGGUCAAAACCCGUGUCAUAGCUGCAGACUUCUCCAGUGAGGACAUUUAUGACAACAUUGAACGUGAACUUGCUGGUCUAGACGUUGGGGUCCUGGUCAACAAUGUGGGAGUCUCCUACGAGUUUCCUCAGUAUUAUGCUGAAGUUGAGGAUCCAGACUUUGUUCGCAAUAUGAUUCACAUGAACUGCACAUCUGUGGCUAAGAUGACAAAAAUCGUGUUGCCAGGAAUGGUUCAGAGGAAGUGUGGUUAUGUGAUCAACAUUGGAUCUAGCAGUGCCACAACUGCUGCUCCCUUGCUGUCUUUGUACUCUGGUACCAAGGCUUUUGUGGAUGUGUUUUCAAGAGCUCUCGACACAGAGUACCACGGGAAGGGAAUUACAGUCCAGUGUGUGCGGCCAUACUUUGUGGUCAGUAAGUUGAGCAAAUUCCGCAAGUCAUCCCUGUUUGUGCCCAGCCCCACCACGUUUGUGAAGAGUGCCUUGAACACAGUCGGUGUUACCAACAACACCACAGGUUACUGGUCACACGCCCUUCAGGACCUCUACAUGCAGUACGUUCCAGCCUCUGUGAAGCUGCACUUCAUGGAGCAGUCCAGGAGCAGGGCACUGAAGAAAAAGGCUAGUGCAGACAAGAGCCAGUGA